AUGGCAUGUGCAGGUGUAAGUCCGUGCAAUUCUACUGCCGCCAUGACGUCUUUGCUUCAGCGCUCGGCGGUCGUGCUCAGCGUUGCGCGCCGUCUCAAUACCAAUUCAAGCACAGUUGUGCGAAAGUUCAGCGUCCUCGCUGCAAGUGUCGGCCAUCGGGACAGCUCUUUCACUCGCCCGCACAUAGCAGAAUUUCCAUUGCAAGUUGCAGUGAGGACAUUUAAAGAUAUGGACGUCCUCACGAAACGAUGCAAAGAUUGCUACUUCAAGAAAGGGGACGAUCGUUGGUAUGUGCUCUGCAAGACGCAUGGAAGGCACAAGCAAAGACAGCGUCUGCCUGACGAACGUCACUUCUGGAUAAUAACUCACAAGACGCAUGGUCCAAGAAAAAAUUUUUAGAUUGACAGAGCAAUGUAAUUACAUGUGCAUUAAACCUCACGUUUGCUUUAGGCAUUACAAAGCCAUAA